UUAUUAAAUUUACAAGUACUCAUAUUUACAUUAUUCGAAAAUCAUACCUAAUUUGGUAUAUGACGGCUUUUAAAAUCUCGCAGGAACUUGCAUUCACAUCUGCGCCUAAACUUGCAUCCAAAUCUAAGGACAGCAUAAGCAAAUUUAAAGAAUCCAGGGAGGGCGAUAUACCUGAAUACGAAAAAAGCGAGAUUAAACCCAAAGAGACCAAAGACAUUACUAUUAUAAACUCUACACUUGACAAGGAAGAAGUGCCCAAGAAAAAGGUGUCCACAAGACGUAAAUCGUCGACUAAAUCAACGGAAGGAUCCGAGGACCAAGAACCAGUAUUGAAACCAAAGAAGAAAAAACCUAAAUCCGCGGAUGAAUCUAAGGUAUACAAUUAUAUGUUAAUAAUAUAUUAUCACAAUUAUAAACAUACAAAAGAUGAAUGUUAUAUCUCCGUAUAGAAAA